GCACUAACCCAGGAACAGUUCCAUUCGAGACGUGAGCGAGUUCGGACGCGUUUGGCGGACACUAGGCGGACACCAAGCAGUUAUCCUGUAAACAAACUCUGUUAGAAAAAGGACUCACCUGCACAGUUCGCGAGUGUUGUGUGUGCUAACCAUAUGUGUGUUGUUGUGAUUCGGCUCGAUUAAUCAGAAAUCGAUCAGGACUCAGGAUGCCAGAAAUCGUCGAACUGAACGUCGGCGGCGUGAGCUACACGACCACGCUGGAGACGCUGCUGCAGGAUAAGAGCAGUCUGCUGCACGAGCUUUUCUCCGAGCGGGAUGCUCUGGCCAAGGACAGCAAGGGCAGGUACUUCCUGGACCGCGACGGGGUCCUCUUCCGCUACAUCCUGGACUUCCUGCGCGACAAGGCGCUCCACCUGCCCGAGGGAUUCCGCGAACGGCAGCGACUUCAGCGCGAGGCCGAGCACUUUAAGCUCCAGGCCAUGCUGGAGUGCAUCCGGGGUGACCGGGAUGCCCGUCCACCAGGCUGCAUCACGAUCGGCUACCGCGGCAGCUUCCAGUUCGGCAAGGACGGGCUGGCCGACGUAAAGUUCCGGAAGCUGUCGCGCAUCCUGGUCUGCGGCCGGGUGGCCCAGUGCCGUGAGGUAUUUGGCGACACCCUGAACGAGUCCCGGGAUCCGGAUCAUGGCGGCCCGGACCGGUACACGUCGCGGUUCUUCCUGAAGCACUGCUUCAUCGAGCAGGCCUUCGACAACCUGCACGACCACGGCUACCGCAUGGCCGGAAGCUGUGGAUCGGGCACCGCAGGAUCCGCGGCGGAGCCCAAGCCAGGCGUGGACACCGAGGAGAAUCGCUGGAACCACUACAACGAGUUCGUCUUCAUCCGAGACUAAGGAGGAGCUCCCACUCGACCACCCCACCCGAUCCAGCUCUCUAUCCUUCUGUUGCGUUUGAACGGGAUCUGCAGAGAUCCCACCGAAAUCAGAAUUUAAUGGUUUGAGUUUCAACCCACCUCUCUCGAUUUACGAAUGGGAACAUUUCAAGUGUACAACUAACUAACAAUCCACAAGAAACGAAAAAAGUGUAGCCAAUUGUUGACAUAGAUGCAUUACAUAUACAACUUAACGGGGGAGUAAAGGAUGUGCUAAUUUUACUUUUAUUCCUUCGAUUGCCACGAUAAUUAAAUCGUUAAGUUACGAGUUACGAACUAUUAAGACCAGAGGGUCAUCAAAUCGAAUAUUCUAGCCAGAUGUGCAUCAGAGUCUUUGAUGAAUUGGGAUUUUCUGGCCAAGAUGGCCAGAAAAACGAAAAAGCGAAAAACAGGCGGGAGAUAACUAAAACAAAGCAAACAUUUUAUUGGCCCCAAAGUUUUCCUUAAUGCAGUCCAGAAUAAACACGACGCGUUGGAAACAGAAAACAGAAAAUAGAAAACAGAAACCAGAACAGAUUAAAUGAAAUAAAUUGAAACGAAACAAUUAGGAAGAACUACGCCACUGGAUAGAAGUAUUUGUGGUCAAUCAAUCACACUAUGUAAUUGUAAAAUCUGAACACUGAACAAUUUGAACAAUACGGGUUACUCUUUGAAACUAACGAAAUAUUGUAGCAACAGAUACCACAACCGACAGCCGACUCUAGCUCUAGUGCGGCCUAUCUAAAGUUUUAUUAGUCUAAUAAAAGUCGAAACUUGCAAGAAAAAUAAAAAUUUACAUAUAAAAUCAUAGGAUAAUAUAUGUUGACCUAGACAGAAAUAAAAGCAGCCUGCAAUCCAUAAAACUCCUCACCCAAAUCAAUA